AUGUCCAACUCGGCGGAAGAAAACACUUUCCAGAAAGCCGAUGAAGCCGACGGCGGCAACGCGGACUUGACGAUGGAGGAGAAUUCGGAUGCGGAAGAGCUUGACGUCGACGAUGAUGAUGAGAAUCAUAAGUAUUUUGAAGCGACCAAAGGAAGGGAUUUGGAUUUGGUUGAUGAGGACAAAUUUGAACCUCUCACUGGAAAACCCCAUUGUCACUUUAUUCUUUCCAAGACCAACGUCAAACCAACUUAUCGCAUGGUGUUUCCAACCAGUUUGCACAAACAUCUUCCAUCUAAAUCCAUCCCAGCAGAAAUAAUAUAUGGUGGAAAAGCUUGGAAGACAAUAUGUUUGGUUGACAAAAUUCACAAGAAAUUAAAUUAUCAAUGGAAGAAUUUUGUUGAUGCAAAUGAACUCUGGGUGGGCGACGCAAUAUUUUGGGAAGUGUUGGAAAUAAACACUAAAAUGGUGAAGCUCAAAGUUCAGAUUAUCCGAGGUGAUAAUCCAUUCAACGAGAUAGAUAGUGACGUUUCUGGCAAAGAAGACAGAGGUGGCGGAUCAGAGAAAGCUAAAACAACCUCAGGGCAAUCGCUUUCCUUGGCUACUCUGGGGAAUGAGCCUAAAACCCCUAGAGGAGACCAAACAACGUUCAUCGCCUCACCCACUCUCCGAGAUACCCUGGAAGAAGGGCCGUCCCGGCCUAAGCCGACGACAGAAGAAGUACAAGAGUUUGUUCAUGCAAAUUUCCACGAAUUGGAACGUUUGUUUCAGAGCGAUAAACAGAAUCAUAAGGGGAAAGAGCCAGCGGACCCGGAGGAGAAGAGGAGAACCUCCUUUCCAGAUCCCAGGCAACUAUUUUCGGAUGAAGAAGAAUCCCCCUCCAAUGGGCAUUACACCGUUAGUAGCAGUUCAUCCAGACAUGAUGCGGAGGGGUCCACUCCCCGGAGAACUAGAUCCCAGUGCCCAGAGUUACCAAGACGUCGUCUUCCGGUAGCCAACAAAAAGGGCGAUAUCACCCGUAUAUUCACUACGGGUCAAAGAAGUACGGGGGAAAAUCGCCUUUCUCUUCGGAGAUAG